AUGGCCGCAAAAAAGAUUAGCCAAGAAGAGCUGCGUCAGAUGAUGCGCGAGAGGGCGGCCCAGCAGAAAAAGACACUUCAGCGAAUUGAAUCACCGCUGGCAAAAUACGACGAUAAAAGUAACCUGUGGUGCGUUGUUUGUAAUGUUAUUGUUCAAUCUGAAGCACUGUGGACUGUUCAUCUGCUUGAUAAGUCUCAUAAAAAGAAAAUUGAAGACUUGAAACGUCUAAAACAGGGAACGCCAGUUCCAAACUCUGGAUCAAAGAGCACUAACGGCGUUAAAAGAUCAUUAGAUGGUGAUGCUUUAAGAAAAUCAUCAUCAAAGUUUGCCACAAUUUCUGAGUUUUCUAAAAAGGAAAUUUUGAUCAAGCAAAGCAAGACUGAAGAUAAGCAGCCAAAGACCAAUGAUCAACCAACGCUGGAAAAUGGCAAUACCGAUGCCACUUUAGCUGAAUCAAUUGCUGACCCAUCUUUGCCUCAAGACUUUUUCGAUAGCGGCGUCCGCGCGCCUGCUGUAAGCAACAAUCAAACUAAGGAGCAAAUUUCUGCAUCAGGAAAGGCAGAAGAAAGUGAAGCGGGAACGCUGCCACAAGGAUUUUUUGACGAUCCCAAGCUGGAUGCAAAAAGUAGAAAAGGUCCUCACGCCAGGGAUCCAAUGGACGAGCAGAUGGAGGUGUUCAUGAGAGAAAUCGCACAGGAAUCUCUCGUUUCCGAAGUGAUUCUCGAAGAGGAAAUUGAGCAACUGCAGAAAGAAAAAGACAUUGACGAGGUUGACGAGCAGAUUAAUCAAUGGGAAAGAGUGGAUCGAUAUCAAAAGAAAAUUGAGGAAAUUCACAAGAAAAGAAAAGCUGAAAGAGCUGCAGCAGCUCUAAAUGCAAACCAGAAAGACAAUGAGGAUUCUGAAGACGACGAUGAUGAUGACGAUUCAGAGAGUCUGAAUGACAUGAACUUUUGGAGAAGCAAGGGUGUCAUUCCUUAA